AUGCAAGUGAGAAAUAUAUUUGAUACUGACAUGAAGAUAGGAGCAUGUUGUUCCAAGAAAACAGGGUACUGUAACUAUGGUCCAGAAGCGUGUGGUACCAAUAAUGUAAGCCCCAAUGAAGUAUGCUGGUCCAACUGCGAUGCCAAAGCCGAGUGUGGUAGAUUUGCCGAUCCGCCAGGUAAAAAAUGUCCUUUGAAUGUAUGCUGCAGCGAGUAUGGAUUCUGCGGGUUCACCAAGGAUUUCUGUGAGAAAAAGAGCGGGAAGAACAAGGGUUGUCAAUCGAAUUGUGACCAGCCUCGUCCUAGUGGAAAAUCAGGAGAACAAAAGGUGGUCGUUGGCUAUUAUGAAGCGUGGAGACAUGAUGUCCUCUGUCAAGGAAUGGGCUUAAAAGAUAUCCCGGUCAAUUCGCUCACCCAUCUUUUCUUCUCAUUUGGGUAUAUCACUCCUGGAGAGUUCAAAAUCACAGGGAUGGAUGGUCUACCUUAUAGGUUGUUCGCCGACUUUACAGCUUUGAAAAGGAAAAAUCCAGGUUUGAAAACAGUCAUCGCUCUCGGCGGCUGGACCUUCAAUGAUCCAGGCCCAUCACAGAAGGUGUAUAGCGAUAUGGUUAGCUCCAAGGUGAACCGUUCCAAGUUCAUCCAGAACCUUUUUGCGUUCAUGCGACAAUAUGCCUUCGACGGUGUUGACUUUGACUGGGAAUAUCCCGGCGCUGCUGAUCGCGGUGGCAUCCCGAGCGACGGGAAAAAUUUUGUGAAACUCCUUAAAGAGCUGGAUGAGGAGAACAAAAAACAGCCCUUCCAUUACUCUGUAUCUUUCACUGCUCCCAGCAGUUACUGGUACUUGCGGCACUUUGACCUUGAGGCCGUUAAUCAUGUUGAUUUCGUAAACAUGAUGACUUAUGAUUUGCAUGGUGUAUGGGACAGUGACAACCCGAUAGGAAGUCAUAUAUAUGGCCACUCGAAUAUCACAGAGAUGACCCAGGCUCUGGAUCUUCUCUGGCGCAACAAUGUUCCCGCAAACAAAGUCAAUAUGGGUCUCGGCUUUUAUGGACGCAGUUUCCAGCUUCAGGAUCCAUCAUGCGACAAGCCAGGGUGUCCUUUCAAAGGAGGGGCCGCAGCAGGUGCUUGUAGUGGCGCGUCUGGUAUCCUCACUUACCGUGAGAUAAUGAGCAUGGUCAAAAAGGAGAACCAAAGGAGGAGCAUGGCCAAGGAGGACGCAAUUAAGCCGUUUCAUGAUAAAGAAGCUGGCGUCAAGUACGUCACCUUUGGCCAUGAUCAAUGGGUAUCCUUCGACGACAAGGAAACGUUCAAACAAAAGAAAGAAUUUGCGGCAGAACUUGGGUUGGGGGGUUAUUUGAUAUGGGCGAUUGAUCAGGACGACGACCAGCGUAGCGCGCUUCAAGCCGUCCUUUCACCAAAAGCUCUGGAUACGUUCAAGCAUUCAGCCAAAGAUGCAUCGUAUUAUGAGGACGCUCAUAUUCCGAGCUGCUACACGACAGGGUGCGAUGGCAACUGUAAAGCAGGAUUUAUCAAAAUUACAGAUCAGAAGUGUGGCGAAGGUGAUAAAAAGAGUAAGAUCUGCUGUCCCUUAUCCGGUGCUCCUGACCCUGCAGACUGUACCUGGCGUGGAACGGCACCAUUCUGCAACGGCCACUGCCAUGAAAAUGAAGUCACCCUUCAGUUGAACAAAUGGGGUGACGGAAAGGUGUGUGUGGAUGGUAACAAGGCAUUCUGUUGCAAAAGCUCCCUUGCCAAGGACAACACAUGCUACUGGCAGACUGAUGAUUGUCAACGUGGAGACCAGCCCUUGACAUUUUCUGGCAAAUGGCUGUCCUUCGACAUAGAGAUCGAAGAGAAGGUCAAGGAGGUGACGGGAAAGAAUCAACCCAUCGACCAGGUAUCAGGGGAUAAGUUGAAAGAGGUCCUAAAAGGGCUUGACAUAUCGAAUUUACGAUUCUACUGCUGUCCCGAGAAAGAACUCGAGACUUGGAGAAAUUGUGCCUGGCAUGGCAAAAGAGAUAGCUGCUUUGACAACCAUUGUGACGUGCUUUCUGGUGUUCAACUCACCUCAGAUAGCGGAGGGGGUGGUGGCUCAUGUGGCAUUAGGUUGGAGCGGGAACGUGUUUUCUGCUGCGAUCCCAAGGAAGGCGAACAUCUAUUCUUGCCAGUUCCACUAGAGAACCUUUUCGAACAUCCUCCAACGGGUGACAAUGUUAAAACCGACUUUGAUCUUAAUCUGGACGAUGAGGACAGUAACCCAGGCUCUACAGCUUUUCAAUUCGUUGUGAUGACUUCCCCUGACGAGAUCCAGACGUCCCUCGAUAGGCGUGAUGGUUCACACUGGGAGGUAUUCGGCUGCAAUGACGCUGUCACGGAGGGCGAGCACACUGUCCAGAUGGUAUGUACCGAUUUUUCGGAAAAUAGCAACUGCCACAAGAUAAACCUUGGUAAGGGAGUACCCGGAACGAUUUUGCAAAUGCCAAAAGGCUGUGGCCCUGGUAAGUACGCCGUUGCCAUAUCAAUGGAACCUGCUAAACAUCAGUUGAUACCCCGUCAUUUGGCGAGCCGUGUACCAUCAAAGGGUGUUGUUUACGACUUAAAAUUUGACUAUGAUUUCUCUCGAGUUCCUCGUGGCAUGGGAAAUACACAGAUGCGAGUAGACUUCAGCAACCAGGAUAACUACUGGGAUGAAGUUGUGGCUGCAUCGCCAUCUAAGAAGAGGAAAAGGUCUCUCGAUGACGUCGGAGGCGAUCAUUUGAAAUGGCUGGAAGACGAAUUUAGAGAUGACUAUCACUUUGGGGGGCUUAACAGACGGGACCUUCAUGAGAGAUGGUUUGGCUCUUCUGUCAUCGAGUGGUUAAAAAAGAUGGUCACACCUGAAAUCAAGCGUGACUACACUCACAGUAUUGAUGAGACUGUCACCGCAAUAAUAGUUGAUGAAAACUGGGAUUGCAAGAGGAAUGGUAUCAAGUACGAUGGCCAUGUUACUGCUAAAGCUCUCACUAACAUGAAAAUUUCCACGACCUUCGGCUUUACAUUGAUUGUUCCCAGCUUGCUCCCACCCCUUGACCUCACCAAAUCAUAUCUCACUUUUUACAACAAAGGAGAAAUCACCGCCACUCUCACCAUUGAUGCUAUAGCUCGUUUCACGUAUAGCAAACACAAAACAAUCCUGACUCUUCCUUUCCCCGGAGCAACGUUUCGUAUUCCUGGGAUAGUGACUAUCGGGCCGCAAGUGCAUAUAUCCGGGUCUAUAGAUGCCCAGGCUACCUUAGCCGCCAAAUUUGAGACUAAGGUUGAUAUUGCAAAAUGGGAGAUCCGACAGACGCUCCCAUCUGAUGGCUCGGAGAAGUACAAUCCACAGGAUAUUGCAAAAGGUCAUCCAGACUUAAGCAAAUCAGGAGAUUUUACUGGCAUCCAGAGGCCAGAGUUUUACGCGGGAGUUGAGGCAGCGGGAGAUAUUGUUGCUAAACUUAAUGCUGCAGCAGAAUUUGGUGUAAGAUUUGAUGACGGCUGGGGCAUUGGAGGUGCCACAGCCGGUGUCGUGGGUGAAGGUCGUGUCAUGGUCAAGAUAGCCACCGGCAUUAGCACCACGGCUGAAUGCCCGUUUACUUACGGCAUGCAACUCGGCACUUAUCUAUAUGCCAAAGCUGACGCACGUAUAUUCAAGUGGCCUGAAACCAAGUACGAAAUUGCCAGUUGGGAUAAGGACAUUAUCAAGGGUGGAGAGUGUCCAAAUCUCGGUAUUGGAUCGGUUGGCGAGAGGAGCCUGUCACUCGGUUCGCCUUGGGCGAUUAAGAAUAAUAUCACCUCUAAACAGAGUCACAUUCCCCAGGGACGCUCUUUGAGCGCCACUGGACAUGGCUUACAGAAGCGCGCCGCUGUCUAUGGGCCGGCCUUUAAAAUUCCUAUCGGUGACCUAUUUUGUCCUACUGAUGGUGCCAAUCUCAAAAAUGUUACCUGUGGAGUGUUUGAUGGCGAUGGCAAAGAAUACAUGCAGGAUGCAGCUGGAAAUGACGAAUCAAGGGGCAUCACGCGUCGUCAUGGCCAGCUGGCUAAACGAGGCCUCAAAACUUCAAGACUUUGCUAUCAUCAUACAUGGUCGAAUGAGCUUAUUGACGAUCUUUAUAUGCAACGUACAUAUCCUGCUGGUGGUAAAUUGAAGAAAUCUCCUACGUACGGUUUCACUAGUCCUGACUGUGAAGACUGUAAAUUUGGUACCCCUCUACCUGCGCGUUACCCUGCUAACAAAAGCCCAACUAUACAAUAUGAUACCGAACACGCUCUCGAAUUCCAGCUUCCCGGACUGUUUCUGCUCAAGUUGAACUCGUCAAAAGGAGAAAUAUUUGAUCAUCCCGAUCCUUAUCAGAAAGAAGCAGACGGAAAGCGCAAAAAGAUCCACUUCUGUGAAUACGUGAAACUUUUAUGGCCAGACCCUCUCACUAUUGACGGCGUAAUGGCCAGUGCAGGCAAGCACAUUGCAGACACCUACCCGGCACCUAAAUUUAAAAAGGAAGAAUUCGUUGUCCUAGAGCAUACUGUCAAUGUCCCAGCCAAAGCAAAGGCUUGGGGCUCUGAUGAGGUUAUUAUCGGAGACUCUCAAAUGGAAACUUGGGUUGAAAACAUGCCUGGCGAGGCUAUCAAAAACAUACGUGCAGGCCUUGGGUCUGUUAUCUAUCACCAAGUCCCAUUAGUCGCCCAAAUACUAAAGGCUCAAAAAGAACGUGUUGGAGCCAUCCUUGGAAAGCUUGAUAACGAGCUGAGCAACCGCCAGCGAACUGUGACUUAUACGACAACCCCAGUGUCUACUAUAACGAGUUCAUCGACAACAAUUACAACUACAGAGACUCCAACGCCGGUUACCGCGACAUACGAUGCCUGGAAAACCCAAGGACUAGAGUCUCAGUGGGACACAUUCAUGAAUUCCAAAUACGUUGAUGCUCAUAGCAAAACGAUGAAGUUGAUCAACAAUGGUAUCGGAAAGCUUAAAACCAAGUACCUUGACCCACAGUACAUUAUGGCUGCACAAGACAAGCCUGGCGAUACACCUCAGGUUGCUGAUGAGAAGAAGAUGAUGCGGAAGACCAUAGAAGAGAUCCGAAGCCUUGAGACUGCUGCCUCGAACUUGCCCAAUUGGCCAAAUCCCUUCUAG